AUGAACGAACAAUCGCCUGCUGACCAGAAUAAUAAAAAUGAAGAUCGUUCUAUUUGUAACAUGGAUUUAUUAAAUGGCUUGUUAGCGGGCAGCGUUGAGCACUUGCAAAACUCUUUCAGUACCAUUUAUGCUACCUUAGCCACGAAUUUUCAAACUACGCUCGAAAUGACGCAAUCUAUGAAUGCCGUAAUGGAACAACUACUCGUUUCGAACACCCCAUCAAAUAUUACCCAAUUAGAACAAUAUGACGGAAACGAGGAAUGCACGCCAAUACCGCUCACCAUUACCGUAUCCAACUUGAGCAAUCUACCCAUCACAGAUGCGUCAUUUGACAUUGUUUUUCAAAAGAAAGACAUUGCGGAAACCGCAUACGUAAACAUAAACCAUGCUGAAUCGUUUCAAAAAGGAUUACGCAAAAACUCGAGGGAAGAGCGAAGAAUGGAACCGCCAAUUUUUGAACCAAUGGCACGAUGUAAUAUUCCACCACAAACACAGAUUAUUGAAAAGCUAAUAUUGCUGCCAAUGCAAAUUGCACAACUUAACUGUAAAGUAACUGUAACAUUCGCAAGUCCCGGUACAGGAAAGUUACUCUAUGUAGAGCACAUUUUUGGCAUUUAUAUAAUUGAUCAGUGCAGGAAACAGAUACAAAAAGCUCUACCGGCGCAGGAAUUUGAUUAUACGUGUUCAGUGUCUCUACCAACGUCUUUGCUCCGGCAACUAUGGAAUGUUCACCCAUGUGAUGGCAUAGAUGAGAGUACAGUUUUCGAACUCGUAGCAAAAGAGAGGUUACCAGGGUGUAUAUUCAGAUCUGCAGUUGGAACCAAAAUAAGGCUAUUGCGCAUUGCCAAGUUCUGGUUUAUGGAAGCCAGGAGAUUUUUACCAUGA